AUGACUGCUUGGGGCUUUCUCCUGGCCCUCUUGGCCCUUUGUGCCCUACCUUGCUCCGAAGCUCUUCACUUCACUCCCGAAGCUGCGAAUAAUACGCUGCGCAGUGUCUAUGACUACAUCAUCGUUGGUGGAGGCACCGCUGGACUGACCAUUGCCAACCGUCUUUCUGAGAACUCAUCUGGUAGCCCAAUAUCUGGCUUGCUCCCAGUCCCAGGAGUCAUCGGCAACGGCGGCUGGAGCGAAUACGAAUGGGGCCUCAUCACAGAACCGCAAACCUAUCUUAACGAUCAGUAUAUGGAAAUACCUCAAGGAAAAGCCAUUGGAGGAAUUCACGUCUCCUAUCCUCGAUACUUCUACAGCCAAUCCAGUGAGUUGCCCAUCGGCUUUGAUUCAACGACUAUUUCUGACUUUGAUGUAGCAAAUGUGCUCGACGGAUUCUCAGAGCUCGGCAUACCCAUCAUUGACGACCCAAACAACGGGACGGCCGCUGGAGCAAUGCUUCUCCCAUCGAGCAUGCAUCCCACCAACCAAACGAGAUCAGAUGCCAGAGAGGCUCACUUCAAUGUGGCAGAUCGCAGGUCUAAUCUUCACGUUGCUAUAGGACAUACUGUUACACGCCUCAUUUUGGAGCCCCAUAACCGAUUCACGGGAAGUCGACGUGUCGUUGGUGUAGAGGUAAGAUACCCAAGGCCUCAAGCGAUCAGGAAAGCAAAGAAAAGAACCGUUGCCUGCAAGAGAGAAGUUAUCGUAUCUGCUGGGGCCAUCUUCUCUCCAACUCUGCUUCAGGUUUCGGGUAUCGGACCAGCCAAGAUUCUUGAAUCACUCGACAUUCCCGUCGAGAUCGACUUGCCUGGGGUUGGAUACAAUCUGCAGGACCAUCCCAUGAUAUACGCUACCUAUUACUACCGCAAUUCUUCCCUCUUCAAAAGCGACGCAAUCAUUGGCGAAGUACAUGACCAGGUCUCUCGCAUGUACAUUAACAACAGAACUGGCAUGUCUAUCUAUUUCGUUGACGACAAGAGUUCAGGAAAAGCUGUUCCUGAUGAUGCCCCUCACUCAGUCAAGAUUGGCUACGAAGCGCAGAAGGAGAUUCUUGGACAACAAGUCCUCAGUAACGACAUGGGGAUAUUUGAGACAAUGGCCAACUCCUGGGGUCAGCUUACUGUCGCUGCCCAAAAGACCUUUUCUCGUGGUACUGUCCGGCCUUCAACCUCCUCCAUCUUUGAUCCACCUCUUCUCGAUCCACGAUACUGCUCCGACCCCAUUGACUGCGAGAUCAUUGUCCUUGGUCUUCAGCUAAACAUGAAGCUUAUCGAGACAAAGGCAAUGAAGGAACUUAUGCCAGAACCAUACACGGCGUUCAACACGACAGAUCACGACAAGUUGAUGAGAGAGGUUCUAAGAGGACUCACCACUGAGAGGCAUCCAUCUGGAACUGUCGCCAUGAUGCCUCGAGAUCUGGGAGGAGUAGUUGACCCUGAGCUGAGAGUGUAUGGAACGUGCAAUCUGCGUGUUGCUGACGCUAGCAUCAUGCCGCUGAUCCCUUCGGCUCAUCUCCAGGCCGUUGUAUAUGCCAUUGCUGAAAAGGUGAGUCUUGGUCGGUGA